AUGCACACACUGCAGUUGAGGACCUGCUCAUACCUUACAGACGCUAUGAAGCUGACCCAGUCCGAGCAGGCUCAGCUGUCACUGGAAUUACAAAGGGAUAGUCACAUGAAACAGUUACUGCUCAUCCAGGAGAGGUGGAAAAGGGCAAAGAGGGAGGAAAAGCUGAAAGCCCAGCAGAAUGCUGACAAGGAAAUAGCUGCACAUCUUCAGACUUCUUGUAAGCCAUCUGCUGAAGACUCUGAUGAUCAAAAUGUAUUGGUUCCUGUUACUCAGAGAUACAGCCCUUCCACAGAGAAACAUGCACAGGAUAUUCAGGGUGUCUUUGACCGGGACCCGGAUACACUAUUAUUUCUGCUUCAGAAAAAAAAGGAGCCGGUGGAAACAUGUAUUGGGAGUAAAGCUCCAAAGGAUGACAAAACAAUAAUAGAAGAGCAGGCAACCAAAAUUGCAGAUUUGAAACGGCACAUAGAAUUUCUUGUAGCUGAAAAUGAGCGAUUAAGGAGAGAGAAUAAGCAGUUAAAAGCAGAAAGAGCUAGACUCCAAAAAUCUCCAGUAGACAAGGAGCUGGAUGUAGAUGCUGACUUUGUUGAGAAGUCAGAGUUGUGGGGUCUGCAGCAACACUCGGAAACUGCUUCUUCAGCUGCAACUUGGCAGAAGUUUGCAACAACUGCUGGGAAGGCAAAGGACAUUCCAAUACCCAACCUUCCCCCCCUGGACAUCCCGUCCCCUGAACUUCCUCUGCUGGAACUCUCCGAAGAUAUACUGAAAGGGCUGAUGAACAGUUAAAAAGCAGGAAGAGUGCUCCACGUAGUUACCCAAACUUAAGAAAAGGGAAAACCACCAGGACUACGGUGAUCUGAGGGCAAAAACAUCUAACACAAUCCUACUGUUGGAGAAAAGGCAUUAAAGCAACUUUGUUACUGUGAAAUACACAUCAUAUCUGAUCUACUUCAUAAACGUUCAAGGUACCAGAAUCUGUGUAAGAUGGAGAGCUCUUUAGUCUUUCUCCCAGUGUUUCAAACCAAAUGACUGCCUGGAGAAUGUUUCAAGUAACACAAUCCUUCAGGGUUUUAAAGUAUGCUAUAUGUAAUAGUUAUCUAUAAUGCCAUAAAUGAUGGUGCAGAACCUAACUGUUACGGUUGCCGGUUGGCUGCCGCUUCAUAUUGAAAAAUGCUUUCUAGCAUGAAUUUAAACUGUGCAUUUCAUUAUGCAUAACUCUGUUAAUUCAGAUACAGUGCAAUUUAUACACUUCCUAGAUGGAUUUAUGUGCCACGCUUUUUUUCUCCUGGCCAUGUUAAGCUCGAGUCAGGGGAGAUUUUAAUUUCCAUUCUAUGAAGGAGCCAAGUUAUUAGUUCUGUUGACGAGUUUUUUUGGGUUAUCUGUUUACAUAACUAAUCAGGGUGCAUUGAAUCUAGCUAUUGGUUUCUGUAUAAAGUGACAUUGUUUAAAAAAGAAAAAAUCUAUACUUAAGGAAAAAAAUACCCUUUUUGUUUUCAGUGAUGCAUGAAUGGAAGUAAUUCUAGCUGGCAGUAUUUGAUUGAAAAAGAAAUUGUUUACAGCUUAACCUGAUUCAAAAAGGAUAUGAAAAUAAAAACCAAGGUGUU